AUGGAUGAGGAGACCUACUGGCUCGUGAACUUUUGUAGAUCCGUACGCGCGCUGGAGGUCAUCGGUAACAUGUUCAGCAACAUGAACAUGCUCGAGGUCAGGCAUUCCCUGUCACAGCUCGAGCAGGUGCACCAGCUGACGUUGAGCAGCAUCGACUCGACAACGUGGAUCUCGGAUGACUUUUUGAAUGCGCUGGCCAUCACGUUUCCGGGUGUUACGACACUGGAACUGCUGGACGUCGAGUCGUGUGCCACGCACAUAUUUUUGCAUUCACUCUACCUCUUCCUGAAACUCUCUAGUGUCCAUAUCUUCAACUGGGACAGAUAUGGGGAGCCUGUGUUGGUCCAGCCUAAUGAGGAGCUGAUUCCUGAUGUCAGCUUGCUGCAAAAUAGCGUGAUCACGAUCGAUACAUUGGAGCUGAGGGCGUCGAGUUACAUGCUUCUGUUCAUGAAGCAGCUCUCCCAUGCUCAAUUCUGGCUUAACGUGCGAAGGCUGUCCAUGUUGUGGACCGAUGACAGGUACCAGCACAUGUUUUCGCUUCUCCGCAGUUUCUUCAAAGCAAUCAUGGGGCCGUCACUGGAAUAUCUUCGCAUUGCUGUCCCCGGCCUUGAUUUCACUCAAACCGAUGAUCUCGUGGUUGAGCUCAACGCACUCCCACUUGCCAAUCUCCGCAUGUUCGUACUAGAUGAGGUAUACCUAAACCCACUGAACGUCGCAAGCUGGAACAGUUUCCUCGUCCUCAACGUGCUGGAGCUGCUCAAGAAGAACUGUCCUGUCUUGGAGCACUUCAAGCUGCAUCUCGUGCUGAAUAAGAUAGGUCCAGCUUCCAGGAGCUUCUACACGCUGGCUGGGCUUUUCUCCAUCAGUUCGUUCUCGCCUGAGAACGGGCCUGAGUUCAUAGGGCUGACCUCCCUUGACGGGCUCUACUGGUUCCUGAUCAAUCUCACGCUCCGUGACUUGAUUCAGCGAUGCUCGAAGCUCGACAUCACGCUUGCGCUGCGCACAGAUAUGAUUGACGUGUUUUAUGGGGACAUGGCUGCCGAUGCCGUGCUGGCGAUUGAGCAUGCGAUCACGAGCCACUUGCGUUCUUCUUACCGUCAUAAGGCGCACUCUUCUUAUGCGCUGAAUCCGACCGAGCACAGUUUUGAGGUAUCGAUGGAUGUCAUGUUCCUGCGAAGCGCCGAGUGA